CUAGAGUGACGAUUAAGUGUUGUCUAAAAAUAAAACAAACAAAAUAUUUAAAAUUCUUUGCGUAAAAAUGAUUUUAUUUUAAUUUUCAAAAACUAUAAUAUGGCUUCUGAAACGCUCAAUAAAAAAGAAAAUUUUUGGGAUAUCGAUGGUUAUAAAAAAGUAAUAAAGCGCACAGAAGAUGGGAAGAAGAUGUGCAACUUUCUGAUGAAGCUGAUUGAGGAGAGGGCCCACAUUGAACAAGCUUAUUCCCAGAAACUCAAUUCAUGGUACAAAAAGUGGACUCACGAAGUUGAUAAAUCCCCGGAAUAUGGUACUAACAAAGAGAUGUUGAAGAAUUUUGUUACAGAAGCUGACAAACUUUCCGAUGUCCACAUCACAAUGAAAGAUGCGCUGGUCCAUUUGGUCAAGUCAAAAAUAAAAAAUUGGAGAGAUAAUAGUUAUGGAGUGCAAUUAUGUAAGAGCAAACCAGCGGCAAAAUUUGAAAAACAUUUUAAAAAGGCUCAAAAACCGUGGGCAAAUCAGGUGAAAAAAGUAGAAAAGUUACGACAAACAUACGAAAAGUAUUGCAAACAAUGUGACACGCUGCUGGAUCAGGAAGCUAAUGUCAAUAAAAAUGAUUCUCAAGCAUACCAAAGAGCAAAGGAUAGGUGUGAGCUGGUUACUCGACAGAUGGACCAGGCAAAGGUGCAGUAUGAGGCAGCCGUGGCGGAGUUGGAAAGUUUGAAACCUGCCUACACGGCCGAUAUGAGCAAUGCAUUUGCUGAAGCACAAGAGUUUGAGGUUAAGAGGCUGGAAUUCUUCAAAGAAAUUCUUUUAAAACUUCAAGAAAAAAUGAAUCUCAAUAAAGAUCAAAGAGUCCAGGAGAUUUACGGGGCAUGCCAGGAGUACAUCAGCAGUUCCAAUCCAGAGUCGGAUGUGCACAUGUGGGGGGAGCAGUUCGGGCCUGCCAGCCACGCUAUGCUCAACCUCUUCACUGAAGUCAGCCCUGCAAUUUUGGAGAAAAUAGAAAUGAAGAAGCAACAGCUGGCGGCCCCACCCGAGAACCUGCCCACUGUCACCCCCACUGUGGACAAACCCGAGAUUCCACUUGUUGUGGCUGCUGUUGUCAGUAAUGGAAACAACAAAGAUGACCCUAACUCUCUUUACAGUAGUGUGCAACGUGAUUCGAAAGCAGUAGCUGAGAACGACGCCACUGCCGCCGCUAACAAUAACAACAACAAUAACAUCGACAAUGAAUCAGAUUUUGAUUUGGAAUCUCUCGACCAGCUACCACAACCGCCAGCCAACAUUCCUACCAUGGCCACAACAAGCGCCAUCAACCGAAAAGAAAUCAAUUCAAAAACAGACAAGAAGCCACUGCAAAAUGGAGAACUGGACUACAGUGUUUACUGCACGCUGAACGACAACCACAUUUAUACAAACGAGGGUCAGGAUCUGGAUGGAAUGCAGGAAGCUAAGGAGGGCGAUUCUGCUGCUGUGCGGGUUGUCGCGUUGUACGAUUUCGAAGGAGGAGAUAGCGAUGAACUGACUUUCGAAAAAGGUGAUGUCUUUCAACGGAUCAGGUCGAAAGAUAUGAAUGGGUGGUCGACGGGACUGAAGAAUGGAAAGUCAGGUCUGUUUCCUGACAGUUACGUGCAGGUGUGCUAAGCCCAUGAAUGGAUUUGCUGGGGGACCUAUGGGCUGGUUAAUUAAUAUGGAUACGUGGUAGAUAGAUGGAUAGGAUGGAUGGAUGGACGUUCAUACUAUAGUUAGAUAGAUGAAGGAAUGGGAGGAUGUUGGGAAUUGUUGUCUUGAAGGUUGAGGUCACCUUUCAUGGAGUUCUCUUGAUAACGUCUUAUUUAUCAUUUGCACUGUAUAUCAAAUGUUAUACAUUCAAAUUUUAAAUAUUCAUUUCAUUUUUUCGAUUUCUUGCAAUAAUUUAUUUCGAUCUGAUUGUCUGAUUUUAUUAGUUAUCUUCAUUUUAACAUCAAAUUCUUGUUUGACAAUGAUAUUCUUAGAUGUUAUUUGCUGGUUAUUUAUAUUGCUAUUACUAUUCCUCCAACAAUAUUUUCGUUGUGUUUGAUUUUACAGUGCGUUUGUUGCCUGGCAUGUUAAUGUAUGAAAUGCUGAUUGAGUUGAGUUUAGUAGUGAAAGUUUUCUGCCUGAUGCCGCUGCUGUUGUUGUUAAGAGUUUUGUCACUUGAAUCAUAUCAGCUUUCAACGUUCACAUUGUUCAAUCUAACUUUAAGAAUUAACUUUACAUACGUUUGUAUAUAUUAAUAUAUAUAGACACAUAUAUUUAUAUAUGUGUGUGUGUGUGUGCGUUUGUGUGUGUGUGUCUAACUUAAGUUUUUAUAAAAUGAAAUCGUAUUUAGAAUUGACAUGUAUAAGCAAAUGAUAUUAUUACGUUUUGUUGUUGUACAGCUUAAUAAUGUACGUUAUUUACUGCACUAAUUGCAAUCGUGUCCGCAUUGCUUCAAUCGCAAUAACAUUAUUCGUCACAUCAUGUGAUUAUUUUUCAUGUAUUGUUUACUUAUUUGCACAAACUUUGAGAAUGAACGAGGGCAGAGAGAGAGAGAGAGAGAGAGAGAGAGAGAGAUUAGCGCAUAAUUAAUGUCACGCCGAUCUUUUGAUAGUGCCUGUUGUUCGUAGCCUGCCGUUGACGUUCAAGUCGUCAUAAAUAUCAAAUGUUAUACCGUUGCAUGCCUGACUGUGUGUGUGUGUGCGUGAGUGUGUGUGCGUGAGUGUGUGUUUAUUAAAUAUUGAAAAUCUUUUUGAUAUUUUUUUAUUUAUAUUUUUUAUUUGUAUAAAUAUUGACCUUCUUUUUAAAUAUUUUAUCAAAUAUCUUCAUCCAUUAUUAGUUUUAUUUAAAAUAAGAAUCAGCAUUUAGCACAGGAGCCUUUGAAAUGAGAUUUGUUGACAGGAAUCUCAAUUACUUUUUGAGUUUUUAUAUUUUGUUAUUCGUAAAUAUGAAAUAAAUUUUGUGAUAAAAAUAUUAAAACGACUUUUUUAUGUAUGGCCGCCAUGUCAAAUUUGAUGCUCUUUAAUGUUAUUUUCAUUCAGUUUAUUAUUCUUCUAAGUUAUAUCAAUCAAAUCAUUUACAUGUUUUAGACGUACAUAGUUUUUUAUUUGAUAAAUUUCUUAUUCAUCUAAACUUAAUAUAUUUAAAAUAACUAAAGCUGCCAGCUUCAUUGCUAAUGAGGUUGUUUGUGUAGGUAGGAAAAAAUGGAUUCGUCAUGAUGGUGUUGUGGUGUGGUGCAGUUGCGACAGGAGCACGUAGUUUCAAUCUGUCGUCUGAGGAUCCGGAGAUCCAACAGCCAACGUUGAUAAUUACGUCUAGUCAAUAAUGGUCUAUGCCUGAGGAAAUUCAGAGCAAAAUAAUUGAGAGAGAGAGGGAGAGAUGUUAUAAAAAGAAAGAUGAUUAUAAUGACGAUUAUCAUGAAUAUUGCUGUGUAAAUUUUACGAUGGUUGUAAUAAUUUUUGUAUGCUGUUCAUAUUAUUCCCGUUUUUAAUACUUGAUUUAUGUUUCUUAAGUUCGCUGUACCAUAUUUUUGUCUUCCUUUAUAAAUAAUAGCGUUGAUUUAUUUAUUUAUUUGAUUUUUUGUCUUCAGUUCACGUAAACAAUUUUAAAUCAAUGUGAACGAGUUUGAUUGUUAAACAAAGUUAAACAGGAUGUAUGUAAACUAAUCACUAAACAAUUCAGUACCCUAAUCAGCAUAGACUCAUGUUGACAGUUUGAGUUUUUAUUCGUAAAAGGUUCGUGAGAGCCUUUGUGGCAUCAUCUUCGUCUCACUCUCAUUAAUAAAUAACUUGCGAUUGUUUUUAUUUUUAUUGCUUGAUAAAUAUAUAUUAAUCAUGAUUUUCUUUCUUUCCUUCGUACGUUUGUCGUCGUUAUAAAUACAUUUUAUAUUAAUUUAAUGAUAGGACUUCAAAAUAUCAUUUUUUCUUGAAUUUGUUGGAAAUUGU